GCCGAGGAGGUGGUGGGUUGGUGGUGGUGGUGGAGACUUUCUUCCUCUUCAGUUCAACGUUUCUCGGGAAGGAUCAGCUGUUGGCUGGUGGUUGGUGGCGGCGGUGGUUGGUGGUGGCGAGGCCACGGCUUUGGUGGUUUCCACUCCAUCGACCCACCCACCCACCCAUUACAAUUUUUUUUCUCAAUCCCAGAGUUAUCGUGGCAGGCACCGCUAUAUCGGCUCCCGAAAGUCCUUCACCUACCCGUAGGAUGGCGUGCGCAGUGGCCACCCCGGUGCUGGAGCCAAGCGGGGACUUCCCGGCGUGGCUGGAGGCGCAGGGCGUGAACGCGGAGGUGGCCCGGGCCAUGGACUCCGAGCUGGGCAUCCGGGACUACGGGGUCCUGCGCGCCUGCGUCGGGGACGGCCUCGUGCGGGCCGAGCUGCUGGCCACGGCGCGCGACCGCCUGCCCUUCGGCUUCUACGCCGUGCUGCGGCAGGUAGUGAAGGCCCUGCAGGGCGCCGAGCACCACGACGCCGGGACGCCGCGCUGGGACGACGCCGCUUCCUCCCCUGGUGACGUGACCCUGGGAGGCCUGGUGGAGGUGCUGCUCGCGCUGUUCAGCGGCUUGAGCCGGGAGCUGCUGUUGUCCGUGCAGAGGCUGGGGGCCAUGGAUGGCGCCGGUACAUAUGUUGAGCCCUCCAGUCCACCUGGGGAGGAAGUUCAACACCAGGAUGACGUGACGGCGUGCAGCGCGGCAACGGAGCUGCUGGAAGCGAGCGAGUGUGAACCCCCGCCUUACAAUGAGACGGGGGAGAAUCUGAUACCGAACGUGGACUUCACCGGCUUGGAAUGGUCGGGACACAUCAUUAAAAUGGAGACUUGCGAUCACGGUGAGGUGUUCCGUGUGCUUGCACAGAUGCCGUGUAUAUUGCAAGGGUGGACCCAUAGCCAUUGCACUGUGGAAGUCAACACAGGGGUCCUGAUUUUAAGUGUGCAUUUCCAGACGAGGGGAAGAGGCUGUGGACGAUGGUGA